AUGGAUAAUCAUAUUCAUGGGGUUCCCGCCGUCAGCUCCAAAAGAGCCGAGGCAAUGAGUGCUCUCCCGAAAAUCAAAAUUUCCGAUCCUUCUAAUCGUCACCCUAAUCUAAUUGAUGCCUUCAUGCAAUCACCUUCUCAUCAAACUCAGCCCAAGUCUUCCGUAGAUCCCGUUGGCUUACCAUUUUCGCCUCAAGUUUCCUCAUCGGCGCUGGGUCCUAAACGCUCCGCAUCUGCUCGCAAGCCAUUACCCACAUCUCCUAAUCGCUCGAGGGAUCAUGGCCUUCGUGUUCCUGCUUCUGCCGCUCUUAUUCAUUCGGAUGAUAAAUCUCGAGAACGAAGGAAGGUUAUUGGGAAUUACAUACUUGGUAAAACCAUCGGUGCUGGAAGUAUGGGAAAAGUAAAAGUCGCACAUCACAUAAAAACCGGGGAGCAAGUAGCCAUAAAAAUUGUAUUACGACAGAACCCUGAUAGUCAAAAAUUAAAGGCCACCAGUCAGGAAGCCUUAAAGGCUGCUCAGUCUGAAAAAAACAGAGAAAUUCGUACGGUUCGAGAAGCUGCCUUGUCAACACUGCUGCGACAUCCAUAUAUUUGUGAAGCAAGGGACGUUUACAUUACAAGCAGCCACUAUUACAUUGCCUUUGAAUUCGUCGAUGGUGGUCAAAUGCUUGACUAUAUUAUAUCUCAUGGUAAACUAAAAGAAAAGCAAGCACGUAAAUUUGUCCGUCAAAUUGGAAGUUCUUUAAAGUACUUGCACCAUAAUUCUAUCGUUCAUCGUGACUUAAAAAUAGAAAACAUACUCAUAUCGAAAAAUGGCGAUAUCAAAAUUAUUGAUUUUGGUCUUUCCAAUUUGUACAUGCGGCAGUCUAGGUUACGAACCUUUUGUGGUUCUUUAUACUUUGCUGCUCCAGAACUUUUAAGUGCUCAACCUUAUAUUGGACCUGAGGUAGAUAUUUGGAGUUUUGGUAUCGUACUAUACGUUCUUGUUUGUGGGAAAGUACCUUUUGACGAUCAGAACAUGUCAGCAUUGCAUGCUAAAAUAAAAAAGGGUGCUGUAGAGUAUCCAGCAUACCUUAGUGGUGACUGUAAAAGUUUACUUUCCCGAAUGUUAGUUACUGAUCCUUUGAAACGCGCCAGUUUAGAUGAGAUACUUACUCAUCCUUGGAUGAAUCGUAGUUAUGAUGGUCCUCCGCCAUCAUUUGCUCCAGAAAGAUUGCCUAUUACUUUACCAUUGGACCAAUCCAUAAUCAAGGAAAUGAAUGGUUUUGAUUUUGGUCCGCCGGAGAAAAUAAGUCGCGAACUCACUAAGGUUAUUAGUAGUGAAGCUUACCAAUCGUUAGCUAAAACAGGUUUUUACUCUGGUCCUAUAUCUGCUGAUAAAAGGAAAAACUUUUUUGAAUUUCGGGUCCGCCAUGCUACGCAAGACAUCGAGAAUCCGAUUUUACCUUCCCUUUCUAUAAAUUCAAAUAUAUACGAUGCUUUCCAUCCUUUAAUAUCGAUAUACUAUCUCGUUUUAGAAAGGCAACAAUACGACAAGCGUGGAAGUUGGAAUAGAUAUGUGAAAACCCCAGUCUCUAGCGUUCCGUCUUCACCUAUACAAACACAAAGUUUUAGUCGAUCACUUCCUCCUAUGCCUGAACUUUCCGACAAUAGGAUAAAUUCAAAAGGAAAUGAACCUAAUGAUGAUGAGCUAUCAGGUAUAACACGAAAGUUAUCUCUUAUUCGAGGCAAGCAUUCUCCUGAGACCCAAUCACACUUCUCUUCUCCCUCUACUUUGGAGAAGAAGUCAUCGAGUAUAUUCCGAAGAUUCUCUAGCCGCCGCAAACCAAAUAGAUCUUCGAGUUCUACACGAUCUUCUUCUUCUACUCUUCAAAUAAGUGCUCCUCUUGAAGCCACUCAAUCUCCAGUUGUUCCCCGAGCAAAAUCGAGCUCCAAACCACCCAUUUCUUACAAAAAUAAAGCAGGAAAUUCCGGAAAUAUUGGACGCUCAACUUCUGUUCGUGAAGGAAGGUAUGCUGGGGUCGACAAAAUGUUAAAUUCGCCUAUUAACGAUAACACUCUAACCAGUGGGGUCCCACCAGCUGUUCAACACAAUAGGUUAUUGAAUCCGAGAGGUGCAUCUUUAGGUCGUGGCACAGUUGCUGAUGCCACAUUUAAGCAAAAACAGGUUUUGAAUGAUACGAUGGGUCAAUCUCUUGGCAAACAUGCUGAAGCGAAAUCGCAAGAAAAAAUAGAUCCAAUCAAACCAGUUUUCUUAAAAGGCUUAUUUAGUGUUUCAACAACCUCUACAAAAAAUACAGAAAGUAUACAACGUGAUUUGAUACGCGUUAUGGGACUGUUGGAUAUCGAGUAUAAGGAAAUUAAAGGCGGAUAUUCUUGUAUUUACAGACCUCAAGGUAAUAUUCCUAGUACUCUUCCUUCUACGCCUUCUAAAGCCAAUUUCAAUGCUCCUCGUCGUCAUCCGUCUAAUGGAUCAAAUUUCUCAACAGAUUCCUACGGACUCGUGGCGGAUAAUGCACAAGUAGGCAAUACUGAAAAUUUAGUACCAUCCGUCCUUACGUUUGAAAUUUAUAUUGUGAAAGUACCUAUUUUAUCUUUGAGAGGUGUUUCAUUUCACCGUAUUAGUGGAAAUUCUUGGCAAUACAAAACUUUGGCCAGUCGAAUACUUAAUGAAUUAAAGCUUUAA